ACGCCCGAAAAACCUGGCCAGUUUAGUACAUCUCGUCUGUUUACGAAAGAUUGUUCUCUUAAAAGUAAAUAGUAAACUAAAAUCUGUAAUUACUAGGAUUACUCCAAAAUAGGGCUGCACAGUCACAUGAAAAAGUGUUCGAGAUGAACCAUGGUCGUCCUACGACUGAAAGAAAUCUGAAAUAAAAAUUACUUCGGUAAUUAACAAAUAAAUACUUGUAUUAAAAAGAAAGUUUUCAGUACAACUUUAUGUGAGCUUUUAAAAUAUCAUAAACUGUAUUAUAGACUCCCUGGCCAAAUGUUCCCGGCCAUCAUAUGCAUUUGUAAAUAUUGCAAUUGUUUUAAAACUGUUCGUUUAUAAACAUAAUUGAUACUUUGUUUCGCUGGCAAGCAAAAUGAUCAGUGAUUAUAUAAAUAGGCGAAAACAAAGAGGAGAGAGAGAGGAUGAAGAGAGAGAGAAAGAGGAUAGAGAGAGAAUAAACAACGCGAAAAGAAAAGAGGACAGAGAGAGGGAGAGAGAGAGAGAAAGAGAGACUAAAUAACGCAAAAAAGAAAGAGGAGAGAAAGAGAGAGAGCAAGAGAAAGAGGAUAGAGAGAUAAUAAACAACGCGAAAAGAAAAGAGGAGGAACCAAAGGUAUCCGUGAACGCAGCUGGACCACUUCAACUAAAUGUGCGACAGCCAAUGGACAGCGUAGUCCAACAUGUUCUGAAUAUAAAAGCCACAAGCCAAAAUGCAGAGUUCAACCUCGAACUGUAUAGAUAGGGCUCAAUGUCUGACUUGAAUGAAAUACAUAUGUGUUUUGAUGCUUGAUACAUCUACUGAUUAUGAUAUUGGUUCUUUUUUUUCCAAAGGAUAUAAUUCUCAUUAGACACUAACGGCUGAGUUAUAAAUAAAAAACAACAACAUUGAACCAAUUUGAACAACCAACUUUAUACUAUUACAUUUCAAGUUGGCAGAAACAUAAAGCCAUCGAUCAAAGAGUCUCCAAUUUCAAUGGGCAUUAAAAUGUGGCUGCUACCUGUGUGGUUCUUUUCACUGACUGUAUCAAAUGCAGUGAGUGAUCAAUCCCUGGACAUUCGGUUAGCUGAUAAGUACCUACAGUCUUAUGGAUACUACGUGGCACAAGAAGAGCCUCGAGCUGAAAACUUGAUGAUGUACAAUGCAGACGCGCACAAUCAAAACAACAUUUUAGCAAACAGAAACACAGAGCGGACUAAGGCCUUAAAAAAACUUCAGAAAUUUUUCGGUUUGCCGCAGACUGGAGAUCUGGAUGAUCAGACGAUCAAAUUGAUGAGCUCUCCACGUUGUGGGGUACAGGAUGUUCAAACAGGUCAUCGACCCAGUGGAACGAGCAGACGACAGAAGCGAUACUUUGUGAGUUAUACUCAUGAGGGGAAACCAAACAGGUGGGAGUUCACGGAGUUGUCAUGGGCACUGAGCAAACCAACCGGACAAUUUUCUACUUCUGAACAAAGAGCAAAGCUUGCGGAAGCAUUCAGGAUUUGGGGAAGAGUUGUGCCAAUCAAAUUUAGGGAGGAAACUAACUCGAGGGAGGAAGCAGACAUUGACAUUCAGUUUGGCCGCAGAAGGCACGGCCCAGAAAAUGACCCAGAGUUUGAUGGCCCCCUAACUGACAGGCCCAAUGUACUAGCCCACGCCUGGCCUCCUUACUACACGGCCAAAGGUUUCAGUGGUGAUGUCCACUUUGACGAAGACGACAACUGGUCCAGCACUAACUUCCUGUCCGUGGCUGUCCAUGAGCUGGGUCACAGCAUGGGCCUUGGACACUCAGAGGACCAGUCGGCCAUUAUGUAUCCCCUGUAUCAGAAGAGUGUGGAUCUGUCCAGCGAUGAUCUGGCUGGGAUUCGUAUUCUCUAUGGCCAAGGUUCAGGAUUUCGACCAGUUGACCCUCGUACAGCCACCAAGGGCCCAGUCAAGGGUAGACCAAUCACUGCUCGACCACCGUACCACAGGACAGCCAUGACCCAUCGACCACCAACCUUCGGACCUGUACAACGCUCUCCUCGGCCUUCUCGGACCACAACGCCAUCUACCAGUGAAAAUAUCUGCACUCGUGUGGAUGUCACGGCAGUAUUCCUUGAUCCCGAGGAAAGACGUAACCAGUUUAUCGCCAUAUCUGGUGACACGGUUCACAGGAUGACAACUGAUGGUCAAGUUCUUAUGUCCGAGCCUCUGAGCACAGUCUACCCUGAAGCACCGCUGGAGCCAGAUGUGGCUUUCUCCUAUCUGACAAACGUUUAUUUCAUUAAAGGCUCAAGACUCUGGAGUUAUCACAAGAACCAACUCCAAACAGGUUUCCCCAAAACUUUGAAUAGAGAAGCUUUACCAGAGACUCCAAAGUUUGCUCUGCAGUACACGGACAGCUCAAGAUAUCCUAGACUACUUCUCUUUAGCGACUCAAAAUGGUGGCUAUUUCGGGAGGCUGGCGAAGCUGUCAUUAAUCCCAUUCAUGAAUUCGCUCAUGGCUUUCCCCAAAAAGUUAUCCUCGCCACUCAAUGGAGGGAUGGCUAUAUUUAUAUUGUAUCACGUGACAGUCAUGUCAAAAUGGAGAUAGACAGUAGAAACAUAAUUGAUAAAGAGCCAGUCCCGGGGAUGCCAGCUUGGCUUCACGAGUUAUGCAGCGGCGGAGACAGAUUGUUGCCCUCAAAGUUCCUCUCAGUGCUUCUUGUAUCAAUAGGGAUGUAUUACAUUGCCCGACUAUUGUAGCACAUAUUUACACUUGUGCACAAAUAUAAUCGCGUUUAGGAGACUCAAGGGACGACAACUGAAAAAAUUCUUAGCCCCCCCAAGAUUAAUGCCCUUGAACUUCAAAUUGAGAGCGUUAAAACGUCUGCUGUUUUACGAGUGUCUCACGUUUGACAAGCGUCGACAUUAUUCGCUUUGAUCAAUGUAAGCUGUGCAAAUAGUGGAAGGAGCGUCCUCCAUCUCCCAUACAGUUUACCUAUCGACUGCUGUUGUUGGAUCAAGGAACACUUUAGGUUUACCUAAACGAAACUACGAGACACAAAGGCUAUUCCGUCCGAUUUCCUGGCACCAAACUUUUCUGUGAUAGCAAUACGAACUCAGCGGUUCUCAACCUUUUAAGCUCGGCGACCCCUUUUUACAAUCCCCUACUCUGCCGCGACCACCCCCCCCCCAAACACACACAUACAGAAAUAGAAGAGUAGAAAAUAACAAUCCAUAUUUUCGAUGGUCUUAGGCAACCCCUGGCAAAUCGUCAAUCGACCCCAAAGGGGGUCGCGACCCACAGGUUGAGAACCCCUGGCAUACGUGGACAAUGAUAAUAAAAUCGUUGAGCUUUGUUGUUGUUUUUUUUUCGUUGUGAGCUGUUACUUUUGCUGCUCAAAGUUUUUAACAAAAUGUUACAUUUGUUCUGGCACUGAAAGUAAUGUCCUGUUAGUUUUCUUGUUUUCCUUAAUACUUUUAUAAACUUUAGAUAUUUUUGUUUUCACAAUGAAGAGCUCGUGCAUCAAGGGUGACAAUGCAAAUAAAGCUGAUAUUGAUCAAUUUUAAAGUGUAUUACAACGCUGGUCAUAGAUGUUAUCUUAUCUAUAUAAUAAUAAGAAGUAAUGUGUGUGUGUGUGUGUUCUUUACCACAUUUGUUACACAAUACGUUAUUCUAUAUGAUGCUGUUGUUAUACUUUUUAAUAAAGUUACACCAAAUGUUAUAACUUAUAGGCCUACUAAAUGAUAAUGUUAUACUAGGAUAUGUUAUACUAUAUGUUAGUUCUCCUGCUUGGACGUCAGUUGUAUAUAAGAAACAAUAGCAGACGAGAAGAUUGAAUCUACCUCUUUUGUAGUUUAGUUUUACAUUAUAUGUAGGUUUGAAUAUGAUAAACUUAUUCUGUAUAUUAUAACUUAUACUAAAUGAUAAUGUUAUACUAGGAUAUGUUAGUUCUGUUGCUUGGACGUCAGUUUUUCUAAGAAACAAUAGCAGACGAGAAGAUUGGAUCUACCUCUUUUGUAGUUUAGUUUUACAUUAUAUGUAGGUCUGAAUAUGAUAAACGUUUUCUAUAUGUUAUAACUUAUACUAAAUGAUAAUGUUAUACUAGGAUAUGUUAUACUGUAUUUUAGUUCUGUUGCUUGACUUUAUUUUUUUGUAAGAAACAAUAGCAGACGACAAGAUUGGAUCUACCUCUUUUGUUUUACAAUAUUUUAUAUAGGUCAGUUGCCUUCUAACAAAGGGAUACCUACUAACUGUUUUCCGUUGCGCAUUCAUUAAUCAGGAACUUGCUUUGAGAAAUGAUGGUCUCAACGAAUUAUUCUCGAAAAGCAUUCCAGAAAACUAAAAUUUUCAAACAUGAAGUAAAGACACAUUCCAUAUCUUUAUUAGACCUUUACACCUUAUUCAGAGAGGUGCCGCAGUUGUCUUUAAUUUUACACUGACGUCAAGAAUGUAAGGUAUCUCGUUGUAUUUAGUGUUCAAUGAUUAGGGAAGGAUUCGUAUCAUUUUUACAAAGCUUAUGUUCACUCCAUUCGUAUGUCUAAUUGGUACAAAUUUUGUACAUAUUUUUUUUUUCCUUCCACACGCGUUCUCGGAUCAAGUUGAAACUGCGCAAUUAUUCACAGUAAAUGACAAUAUAUGAACCAAUAAAAAAAAAUAACCAUUUAGUCAAGCAAUUAGUGAUAUUUAAUAAAUUUAGUUUUAUAUAGAAAAGGAAAGUUAAACUAUGCAGUAUUGAGAUAUAAGGCAGUGAUUUUCAGGUUCUUCCCCCUAGAUGAGCUUU